AUGAUGAGCAAGCGCUCAUUCGAGGAGUCAAGGGAAAGCCAGGCGCCCGACAGCGAUAGCAAUGGCCUGCUGCCAAUCCAUGAUUUACUUUCGCCUGGCGAUGAGCAGGAGAUCAACGCGACCGGCUCGUCUAAGAAGCCCCGGAACUUCAUUGCCACGGUGGCCUGUGAGACUUGUCGGUUGAAGAAGACAAGAUGCGACGAGUCGCGCCCUAAAUGUGGCCUGUGCAAGUCCCUUGGCCUGGAUUGUGUUUAUAAUGAGCGGAAAUCGUCAAAACGGGAUCAGUCUCUUACCAUGAUCAUGAGCACGCUGCAUCGACUGGAGACCAAGCUGGAGAAUAUCCCAAGUUCUAUCUUAAAUGAUCUCCACUCACUCCGCGGUCAGAUGCGCCAAGUCUCAGAUAGUGUCCAGGAGACGCACCCAUCCCCUGCAGUCGUGGGCGAAAAUCGCCGCAUCACGGCCAUGGCAUCUUCAUUCACGCCUGCACGAGAGGAAGAUGAUUAUGAUUGGGAAGAUAAUCAACCUGCCCCGGAUCCAACUGGUCGAAUCUCAAUUUCAUUCAGUCAACACGGUGUCAUCGUGUGGCCCGGUGCACGAAGUAUUCUCCCCAAGCAGUUACUUGCAGCCUACGAAAGAUUAGGCAAAAAUUAUGUGGUUGAACUCGAAUCCACACGACAACCGCUCCCCAUGUUCACAACGCCCUAUCCUCUCCAUGUUGGGGAGCAAUGGCUUGAGCUGAUGCCCUUGUCCAUGAUCAAAGGUCUUGCAGAUGCAUUCUUCAGCGUGUUCAACCCGUUUACUCCCAUCAUGGAUAAGAGCUUCUUUUUUUCUUUGACUGUUGGCUCGGCAAUUGAAAGUGGAUUCGGCUAUUCAAUGGAGAGUUGCAUUGUUCUAACCGUGAUGGCGCUGGGCUGCCAGGCCGUGCUAGCUCAUCAAGAGGGAAAUUACCCUCUUCCUGGAUCUACGAGCCAUCGGUUCGAAGCGCCCGAAUGGAUGAAUGUCGUCUAUGAAGAAUUGCCUGGCUUGCGCUUCUUCAAUGAGGCCCGUCGGCGUAUGGGAUUCUUGAUGUGUGACAAUGAUAUCCAGAGUUGUCAAUUCUACCUUCUUUCAUCUGUAUAUUAUAGCCAAAUCCUUCGCCCAAUGGACGCUUGGGCAAUGAUUCACCGUGCCGCCACUUGUUGUUUGUCAAUGUUAACCAACCACGAUGUCAACUACGACCAGUGGGAAGGUGAUAUGAAAUCUCGCGUCUACUGGAACUGCCUGAUGAAUGAAACCAUUCUCGUUCAAGAGCUCCACCUCCCACCCAGUGGUCUCUCCAGACUGGAAGAGCAAGUCCCGAUCCCAAAAUUCAUCGCCUUCUCUGCCACAGGCCACGCAGCAAACCGCUUCCCCCUAUCAAACGUCAUCGACGACUCCUACUUCCAAUACCACUUCCUCGCCCAAGUCGCACACCGAAUCAUCCUUACCCGCAUCCGACAUUCCCUCUACUUUUAUUCUGAUUCAGGAGCCAUUCCUCUACCCGCCGUCAACGCCGAGCUCCGCCACCAACUCGAACAAUGGCGCAACAACCUCCCACCCGCCAUCCAAUUCCCCGAUACAGGCCUCCCACCUUCUCACUCAACGCCAGGAGAUCACUCAAUGCACCAUCCAUCGCCCUCCACCCCCGCCUCUCCACACCCAAUCUCCUCCCCGCGUCCCGUCGAUCCGAAUCGCCCACUCUCGCCCGCAAUCGCGGUAACAGACGCCAUGCUCCGCGGUCGAUACAUGAUUGCGCAAUUCCAUAUCGGCCGUCCAUACCUGUACAAAGCGCUACGCAUCCCGAACAAACUAACAGACGACGAUAUCGAACAAAUCAAAAGUGGUCUCCGGCACGCGAUGGACUGGCCCGUUACGCAGGGUAUCUUCCUGAGUCUUGCCCCUCCUAUCUCCCCCUCUCCCCACACAUCCUUGAUCGCAUCCGCUGACGUGCACAGAUUCUUCGGUCAAAUUCUUCUAUUUUAUUGCAUUGCACACUCGCCUAGUGCGCGUGUGCGUGAGACGCUGCCGCCCGGCUGGGAACGCUGGAAUGACGUGAUGAUGCGGUUUUUGGAGGAUUGUGCUCGGCAUAGUCCGGCUGUUGGGCAGGAUUUGGAGCUUUUACAGUCUCUCUGGCCUGGACAUGAAUGA